AUGCACAAUCAGUGCCGUGUUUUCGAAUCCUGUUUCCGCAAUGAAUGCAAAUUGGAUUUUAUUGAUUGUCCAGGUGGUGUUUGUGCACCGCAUCACGUUUGCGUAGCAGGCCGAUGUUUGCGGGAUCCACUAGCACCUGCAGCAUGCCCGGAUGGAUGGAGGCAAAAUGAUCGGUUCAAUGCAUGUUAUAUCGCUGUGUGUUUUGCCGAAUCA